CGGCCUUGAUCUCUUGUAAUUGUCUUAGUCUUUCCUCAUUUGUUCAACUUAGCUUAACGGUCUUGGUAUCUUUUUUAACUUACAGGUUCUAGUCUUACUCAGCUUAACCUUCGUAGUGUUUUAUUCCUCGUCUACUUACUCACCUUACCAGUCUUGGCACCUUAUUCUGUCUUAUAGCUUGUUCAAGGCCGCGCCAAUAAGUAAACCUGUGAUUUGCUGAUGUGUUUAUGGUGUCUCAAUGCUCGGUUAACGGAAGUACCGGUCACAAGUUCCCAAGACGAAGCCAGUAGCAGAAUUUCCGGGUGUAGCUGGUUCCCCUGUUAAAUACCUCAGUCCCCACAGACUGUUCAUUGUCUUUUUACACCCCCUAACUAUCAGCAACGACCGCUGAAGAUGCCCAGUCUCACAUUUCCUCCUACCCCCCUCCACACACCCCCUCCCUCUACUAAGGAAAAAUUGGAUUAUGCGGACCUAGCGGUUAUUGAUAUAUCCAAAGCCAGAACUGCAGAAGGCCGCUUGGAGCUUGCUGCAGAAGUCAAAAAUGCCCUCCUCACUCAUGGCUUCUUUUAUGUCAUCAAUCAUGGGUACAAACAAGACGAGACGGAUAGAAUGUUUGAUAUAGCAGAAGUUCCGUUUUCUGGUGUAAGUAAUGAAGAAAAGCAACCAUACACACAUAAUAUCAAGGAGUCUGGUUCCUUCCAAGGAUAUAAGAGAAGAUCUUACUGGCACAUUGACAAUGGCGUGCAAGAUCAGCUUGAAUCCUACAAUAUUCAUCGCAAUGUCAACAAGCUUCCGCAUCCUCCAGCACUAUGUCCAUUCCUUCCUGAAAUCGAAGCUUUCUGCAAACAUAAUUUUUUCAAUGUAAUUCAUCCGAUCUUCAGAUUGAUAGCAUUGAGCCUCGAAAUCCCUGAGGAAACUUUGGUCAAUAUGCAUAAUUAUGAUGCAGAGGGAGAAACAUAUGUCAGAUUAGUGAAAUACUAUCCUCGAUCGGAAGAUGAGAUAAAGACCAAUAACGUUUGGCUGAAGGGACAUAAAGACUUUGGAAGCAUCACCAUCCUUUGGAGUCAACCAGUGGCUGCCUUACAGAUUAUGGCUGCUGAUGGCAAUUGGCGUUGGGUUCGGCACAUUGAUAACGCUCUCGUGGUGAAUGCUGGGGAAGCUCUGGAAUUUUUGACAGGAGGAUAUUACAAAGGCACAAUUCACCGAGUACGGCAGCCUCCUCCCGAUCAGCAAGGCUACGAACGAUUGGGGAUCAUAAACUUUGUGUUAACCGAUGAUGAUGUGGAAUUGACGCCCUUGACUGGGAGUCCUGUUCUACAGAGAGCAGGUAUAUACGCUACCAAAGAUGAUAAUGCGCCUACAAUGAAAGCUUGGAGGCAGAGUAGAGCAAGUGCAUUCGGCACUAGCGAGCUAAAGAAGGGUACACAACAGCGGGUAGAGGAGGAUGUUAUCAACGGGAUCGUUGUGAAAUACUAUAGUUAAGUAUGUCACGGCGACCAGUUCUAGCGAUUUAGCUCAGGUCUGACUCACUUUCUCGCCCAAGUUCCCUUGGUACAUCCGAUUGUUUCAUGACUCGCUCCCCUAAGAUUAUCUCCUGUGUAUACAAAUUUGUGUAUUUUUCUCCCUUGUCAAUUGAAACAUCAUGUGAAUGAAAGUGA